CUGGCAGAUCGCAUUCGUAUCUAGAGCUCCGUCGCGAUCACUUCAUAUACGAGCAGUAUAGAAGGUAUAUGUAUCUAUAACUUUGGCGAUUACAAAGACCAGAUCUACCUGCUUAUACUACCUAGUUAGUUCACCUGUGCGGUAGUGCACCUGAAGUUUCUACCUUAAUCUACGCGCCCUCCCUUAAUGUCUAUAUCAUCGGUUGGGUUUAAACUGAUUUCUGAUAUCAGUUCCAUUCGCUUAUAGUUUGUCGGUUAUCGUGCACGAAGUGGUUACGGUGAUAGAUAUUGAUGCGUUGCUGUAACUUAGUUGAAACCUUGAUAAAUGCCGGCGAAUCGCAAAAAAAGAAAUUUGUUAAGUAAAUAAACUCAGCAUUUUUAGUGCGAUUUGAAGUUUUUUGUAUAAUUUACUUGUAUCUCAAUCAAGUAUUGUAAGCCUCUAGUCGUAGAUAAACCUUAAACAAAAUUUGUCAUCUAAGCUUUGAAUUAUAUUUAAUGUUUCACUAAAUUGUAAAGUGUUUGAAUUAUUGUGAAUUACAAACCAAAUAGGUACAGAGAUAUUUUGAUUUUUUUUUCUUUUUGUUAAAGUGUAUUUUCCGGUUGUUGUUUUUUUUUUAAUUGAUUACCUGCUUUCACAUAAAAAGUGUCAUAAAAAUUUAAACUGAAUUGCACGGGAAAAUUGUUUUUUUUUUUCGUUAUAUGAAAUCGGUACAAACCUAGAUACCUAAUUAAGUUUAAAAAUAUUAUAUUUUCACGUUCCUUUCACCAAACGGCUAUGAUCUCAAGUCCCAACUGAAAAUUAAACUGGAUUGAAUACAACUGUGAUUUACUGCAUAUCCAAGAUGACUUUUGUUUUGCUACCAUGCCUUAAGGGGUUUUCGAUCCCGAAAAGAUUCAACAUCGGUGUGAUGUUGUUUAUGAUGUGUCUUAUAGCAUAUAUGGCUCGAGUUAAUUUUUCUCUGAAUAUUAUUGCAAUGACAGAAUCAACAAAAAACAACAAUGAAACGCUUCCAGACCAAGGACCACGUUACAAAUGGAGUGCCGAUGAUCAAGCUUUACUUUUAGGAGCAUACUUUUAUGGCUAUCUCAUCACUUCUCUUCCAGGAGGAAUGCUUGCUGAAAGAUAUGGUGGAAAAGCCGUUGCCGGAUAUUCCUCUAUUUUUUCAGCCGUUUUGACAGCCCUUACACCUCUAGCAGCUUCCUGGGGCAUAUGGGCAGUGUUUGCAGUACGCUUUGCCAUUGGUUUUCUAGGGGGUGUCGUGUAUCCUUGCUGUCAUUGUCUCAUAUCAAAAUGGUCACCACCGCAAGAGAAAGGCAAAUUCGUGGCAGCUUUAAUGGGUGGGACUUUCGGUACGGUGAUAACAUGGCCAAUUAGUGGUAUUAUUGUAGAGGGCAUGGGGUGGCCCUGGGCCUUUUACAUGAUUGCCAUAUUCAUCGCUAUUGUAACUGCUGUAUGGUUUAUUAUUGUUGAUGACAGUCCAGCACAGCACACAACAAUUACCACCGAGGAACGUGAUCUCAUACAAAAAUCGUUGGGAGAUUCCCUAUCCUCAAAAAAGAGGUUACCACCAUUCAAAGAUGUAGCAAUGUCCUUGCCAUUCUGGUCGCUAUUAUUACUUCAUUAUGGAAGCAUGUGGGGACUGUUUUUCCUCAUUACAGCAGCACCAAAAUUUAUGAGCGAAGUUCUAAAAUUCAAUCUCUCGUCGGCCGGCUUUUUGUCAAGUUUACCACACUUAGCAAGAUUAUUGUGCGCCUUUGGAUUUGGAGCAGUUGCUGAUACAAUUCGACGCAAAGAAUGGAUAUCAGUUACGAAAAUACGAAAAUAUUUUUGUAUUCCAUCCCAUAUUAUACCUGGAUUGUUUCUCAUCAUAUUGGCCUUUUAUGGUCGCUCGCCGUACGUCUGUGUGGCAAUAAUGACACUCUCGCUUGGUUUUAAUGGAGCCGCUACCGUUACAAAUUUGGCAAACUCCCAAGAUUUGGCCCCUAACUAUGCAGGUACACUUUACGGUACCAUUAACUUUGUUGGGACAACGCCUGGUAUUUUCUCACCAAUGAUUGUUGCAUACUUUACAAAAGAUCAGAACACAAUCGAUCAAUGGCAAAAUAUAUUCCUUAUUGGUGCCGGUGCUUAUAUUCUGCCUGCGUUUGUAUUCUGGGCAUUGGGAUCAGGGAAGAUUCAAAAAUGGAACGAAAUCGACAAGGACUCGAAUCAGACAGAUGUCAUCAAUACAAAAUUAUAAAAACUACAAUGUUACUAUUAUGAUAUAAGUUUAGCUAGUAAUAAUUAUUAAAUUUAUAGAAAAAAUUUAUUUUGUAUUUUAAUUGUAAGGAUUGGAUUGGAAAAUAAAUACAGUAUUGUUUCCAGUA